AUGCCUCAGGACCACCGCCAGGAAUUAUACGAGACCGAUGCGCAACGUGUUUUGAAGGACAAAUAUGUUAGCACCUUUGUCCGCCAAACUCCUCUUACCGCAGACCAGAUAGGUUCUGUCAGAUCUAUCCUCAAGACUCGUCGUAAAUAUCCUGCUACAAUCACACCUAAGCGUAUCGCGCAGCGGCCCAGCUGGGCUCAACUGCUCAACAUCCCAACUGCCCCAGUUCAAGACCCAACCAGAAGUAGUAUUUUUGCUUCAUCCAAUUUCAACAUCUUCCGUAGUCGUGUGGAGGAAAGGGAUCUCUAUGACCCCAGUGUUCGCAUUCAAGAACUACUGGAUACUCCUUCAUUACAGCUCCCAAUAAGUGAUGACUCAAGGGCUGGAAUAGAGCAGCAAAUUGAGGAGGCCAAACAAAAGGCUGCCGAGGAGGCCCGUCUGGCUGCCGAGGCCGCGAAGCGUGAGGCCGAAGAGAAGGCUCGACAAGAGCGCGAGGAACGUCUCGCUCGGUCUGGAGGGCUUCGUAUGCCUAACAAGACACUCGUUGUGCCUGUUUCAUCACAAUGGCACCAAAGGGCCAUUUCGACACUCCGGGCGGCACCUAUUGAGUCCCUUGCAAAGUCUGCUGAGGGCGUUGAUUUGCGAAGGCAUGAUUUUGCCAAGGUAGUCUCCUCGACUGAGUGGCUCAAUGAUGAGAUUGUCAAUGCGUCACUCAUGUGGCUUGAUCGAGCUAUCAACUCAGCCGCCGGCAUCAAGGACGUCAAGAAGAACACUCGCAAGUGCUUUUCCCUCGGCUCUUUCUUCUUCAAGCGACUCCAAGACCAAGGCAUCCACUCAACCCAGCGGACUCUCCGACGUUAUGGUGUUGAGAAGAAGAAUUUCCUCGACAUCGAUACCAUCCUUUUGCCGAUCUGCGAGCACUCCCACUGGACCCUGAUUGUUAUUCGGCCUUCCAAACGGACACUGGCGCAUAUGGACUCCAUCAACGCGGGUGGUAACUCCGCCUAUACCAACCGUGCCAUGGCGUGGAUCAAGGAUGUGUUGGAGGAGAACUUCGUCCAGGACGAGUGGAAAGUCACUCUCCACGAGGCUCCUCUGCAGAACAACGGACACGACUGUGGUGUCCACACCAUCACCAAUGCUAUGUGCAUUUCGCUAGGCCUCAGCCCCAUCGACUCAUACACCGCCGCCGACAUGCCGACACAACGCAUUCGCAUUGCCUGUAUGCUUCUCAAUGGCGGCUUCACUGGGGAUUUUGACCUACGAGUAUAUUAG